AUGCAGUCACGCUUCCUCAUGUUCCACAGUGCUCCCCGGCUUGAUAAGGCUGCUGCUGUUUUGGAGCAGGAAGUCUACGAUGUGGAACAACGUGACUCGCAGCCCACGCUGUCGCUUCCCGAACCGUUGCUGCAAAGAUUCGUAGACAUCCUGGCAGCCUCGGAUGUUGCUCACUGCAAUCGAGCAGGCGAUUACGAUCGACAGCGAGAAUACAUCCCCUAUUUCUUUGCUACCGAUUCCCUCGAACUGUUCACGCAGCAUUACGACACACAGGUGAUCGCUCAAGAAAGUUCGUAUCUGGCGAACCCACAACUCUUUAGCCGGGCGGGUAAGUUGAAAUCAUUGCCCUGGCGCCUUGCACUGUUGCUUCAUGUCUGGAACAACGCAUGCACCAAAGUGCAAAACAGCGAUGCACUAUGGACCCGCAAAGUACCAGCGAACCUCGUGCAGCUCUCAGGGGACAUAUUCGAGUAUCUAUCUUGGCAGUCUCAGGUUCUGUCGCCCAACAGCGACUUGCUGGGCUUCCUUUCGUCCUGCAACCUGCUCCAAGAAGCAUCGCAGAAGUUCCCCUACUUGACUGUGUUUCUUGAAAAGAAAGAACUUCCUUUAGAUCAGCCGGAUGCCGGCGGGGACGGCGACGGAGCAGUAGGUUAUUGUAUGGGCUUGAAACAAUCCAUUUAA